ACGUGUGCUCAUUUACCGUCAGUCCGCGGUCGACUUCGAACCGAUAAGUUUACACCAAACAACACCAUUCGAGCGUCGCGCGCAAGACUUACGCAAGUGCACUGAACUCUAUCUAUACCAUACAGAUAGAUACAUACAGACUCUCUAUAUCGUUUUCUUUUUUCCUCCUCAUAAAAACCUUUAAAAUCCAUCCAAAAAAAGAAUUAUAGGCGUCGCGCACCUCUCUUCUUAUUUCUUUUCAUUCAUCUCGAUUAAAUCCUAAGUGAGUGUUAUCUUUUUUUUUGGAAAUUUUUUCUUGAAGCAACAAGAUGUUGAUUUAAAGAAGAAUAAAACGGAGUGUUUGAAGAUCUCCAAAUCAUUACUAGAUGGCACGUGUGAUAAUGAUUCUAAACUUUUAUCACUAGAUGAAAACUUCAAAAUGUAGCUAAAGAAACCACCGCAUGGUAAACCCAAUUGGGAACCACAUAAACUUACCUUUAAAAAUAAAAAUUGAAGAACGAAGUAAAUAAAUAAAAAAAAGAUGUUUCAAAACGCAACAGUUUCUUCAAGAAGCAGUUCGAGUCGAAGCGGCGGGACGACAACUUGCGGAAGAAACUCUUCAAUGCCGUCUUUGCCAUCGCUAAGACUCCAUCAAGGACCACCGUUGAUGGUGGCAUCGACCAGUUUCAACCCGGUUUUUCGUCACUCCGACGCCUUGACCAGUUUUGACGCCUCGCAAUUCGUCUUCACAGACCAGCAGCAUCAUCAAAAACGUUCCGAUCGAAGACAGAACGGUCAUCGUAGACACGCUUUACUUAGAAGAUUUAAUUCGCACGAUUCCCAUACGACAACGACGAAUGUGAAUUUUUUGAAUAGUUCGAAUUUUGUUAGUAAUUUUAACGACUCGUCGAUCGUUAGUAUUGAAGAUGAACCGGGAAAAUUAAAUGAAUUUGAAUCUGUUGGUUAUAAAAGAAGAGAUAUGGAGACGAGCCCAGAAAAUACCGGAGAUCGAGAUUUGAAUAAUAAAAAACGACAGGAGUAUAAUGCUAAAGAUUUUUUGGAAAGGUUUUCGUUACCUAGGGUGGUUCGAGUGGAAAAUGGGGAACCUUUAUUAUUAUAUCGAUGUAUUGAUAGUUUUACCAAGGUUCAAGCUACCGGAUUUAUUGGGAAGAAAAGGAAGGAAAAAAUGAAUGGGAAUCAAUUAUUUUUUCCGGAAGGAUAUUGUGGUUGGUUUUCGCUUACUAACGAAAAGGGGGAAAAGUCAGCCAUUGCACACUCGUCAAUUUUACAACUUGUAAGGGAGCAAGUGUGUUCUUUUUUAAGUUUACAACCUUUUACGGCUUAUGCGGGUCAUAACCCUGAUCCAGGUGCUGAAAUACCAGGAAAGGUGCAAUAUUUAAAAACACAAGUUAAAGGAGGUCAAUUAUUCCAAUUAAGAGCAGUUUUCCAACAUAAAGAGCACUUAGAUAAUGGAAGGCACUCCACAAAAUCAUCACACGUGUCUCGAUCGGCGCGGGAUAAAGAUUUAGCAAAUCGAUACGCUCAAAUAAUAAGCCAAAAUAACCAGGAAUUUUACGUUCCACUUACCACCAAAGGUGAAUUCUACGAAACGCACAGUUCGAUGAAGGCGAGACUUUGUUUUCAAGGAUUGUUAGAGAAAACGGGACCUUUAGCACUUGAUAAAGAUUGUCUUUACAAAAUAACGCAUCUUUUAAGACGGAUUGCUCUUCCAGUUAAAGUUAAAUUGUUAUCUGGACCUUUACCACCUGGAUUACCCAAAGAUUUUUCUGAUACCUUUAUCUUAGAGAAAAAAAUUCAAGAACCUUUAAUGGUAACUUGUACAUUACCAUCUUCAUCAGAUUCGACUCAACAUAACAUAAGCUGUAUUAAUUUGAAUUCUGGGGUAAAAUUAACAAGGAGUAUGUUAGGGUUUGAAUCAGAAAACCGUUUAUUUAAAUCGCAAAGAUUACAAACAGCUCUAGCUUAUUGUCACAAAAACGUAGAAACUUGGUAUAGAGAAGUAAGAAUAGCUCCAAAUUUACAACCACUUAGUAGUAAUAAUAUAAAUAGUAUAAUUGGUAAUUUACCACAAACUUCUUCUUCAUCGUCAUCUAGUCGUUCUCAACAACAAAAAUUGGCGAAUUUAGAAAUUGAAGACGGGCAAGAAUCAAUAAAUAAAAAGCAAUUAAUUACAAAAGAAGUUAUAGAAAAGUUUCCAAAAUCAAAAAAAUGGUAUAAACAUUUAGUUAAAUUAGGGAUUAAAUCGGAUAACCCUUUGGAUAAAUACACCGAAAUAGACGAAAUAAAUGGAUUAGAUGGAAUGGAAAAAAUAAAAAGCAUAGAAAGAUACAAAGAUAUGUCUAGAUUAAUAGAAGAAAGAUUCGGCAAAAGAAGUUAUAAUCCCGUUAAAAAAUCAGCAAGUUUCAUGUUUUCAACAAAACCCAUAAAUUUAGAAGAAAAUUCAACAGAAUCGAAAAGUUCACCAACAUUACUAAAAUGCCAAAGUUUAGAUGCUCAAAUUUACACAAUCGAUGAACCGAAAAAACAACCCCCACCAAAACCAGAGCGAAGACAUUCAAAAUCAAACGUUUCCGAUAACGUUAGCUUCGAUUUUCAAAUGUGCAUCUUAGAAAACGACAAUUCACUCCAACACGAUAAAUUAAUUAAAAAAGAAGAUUUAAACGAAAUAAAAAUCGUCGAAAACUCAGAUAAUAUUAAACCAUUAAAAAAAUCUAAACCCGAUUUGAUACCGACUUUACCAAAAAAUGAUGAUAAUUCCUAUAUUACCGAUCGUUUAUGUUCCGAGUUUCACGUUAAAACGAAAGUUCAAAAACGAAUCAUUACAAAACCAAAUGAAAUCAAACAAGAAUUAACUAGAUCUAAUCAUAAUACUAAUGUUAAAUCAGUUGUGGUUCAAGUACACAAUGAAAUUUCGAAAACGAAAAUGUUGAAGAAAUUAAAAGGACCGGAAAUUGAUGAUAUUCCUUAUAGUCAAGUGGCCGAUGAGAUUCGAGAGGAUAGAAGUGGAGAAAAGAAGAUUCCCGAUGAAAAUAUUUACGCGGAAAUAUGUGAAAACUCGAAUGAUACGUGUGAUAGAAAACAAAUUUGUCAGUGUAAAAGGACUAAAAAGAAUUGUACCAAUAAAAGUAGCGAGUACUGUUACGUUAAAUUAGGCUCUAAUGGGGAUAGUGUUACUCAAUCAGAUUCAGACGAAGCUAUUUAUAAUACAUUAAGAUAAUAAACUUUAUAAUUAAUUUAAAAAAAUUCUUUGUAUAUAAUCUAGGUUUUAUUUUUUUAUUAUC